CACCGUUACCGCAGCAGCCCCGGUGCUGGCUGGCCAACUGGAUGGGUGGGUGUGAUCAUGUGACGCCUUCAUUUCCGAGACAACAAUACAACACCGAAUCGGUCUGCAACGUCUGUCCCGCUCUCUCUCCCCCUACCUGCCUGCGCCUCUCUCUCGGUAUGGCGGACGGCGAGAGGUCCCCGUUACUCUCAGAUUUGGGGGAUGGUGCUUUUGGCAGCGGUAACGGCGCGGUUUCUCCCGGCGCUGGGUCCUACAGUGUGCCCAACAAACCCGAGAGCUUCCCUCCUUUCCCCAGUGCCAGUCAGCCCUCGGUGCUCCUAGGGGAGGACCCUCCACCCUACUCCCCGCUAACCUCCCCAGAGAGUGGAAAUGCCCCUGUUAUCAGCUGCAGGGUGUGUCAGAGCCUCAUCUCUGUGGAGGGCAAGAUCCACCAGCAUGUGGUAAAGUGUGGGGUUUGCAACGAAGCUACGCCCAUUAAGAAUGCCCCGGCAGGAAAGAAGUACGUUCGCUGCCCUUGCAACUGUCUUCUCAUCUGCAAAGUCACUUCUCAGAGGAUUGCCUGUCCCCGACCGUAUUGUAAGAGGAUAAUAAAUCUGGGUCCUGUCCACCCUGGUCCGGCCAGUCCCGACCCUCAGCCUGCUGGAGCCCGAGUCUCCUGUGGACACUGCAGCAACACCUUCUUGUGGACAGAGUUCACGGACCGGACGCUGGCCAGGUGCCCGCACUGCAGGAAAGUGUCCUCAAUUGGUCAGAGGUAUCCCCGGAGGCGAAGUUUGUGGUGCUUUCUACUCUGCUUGUUGUUCAGCAUUUCCACUGCUGGGCUGAUGGCUGGAACGUGGGUGAAGGCUCAGACCUACCCGGGGAUCUACGGCUCGUGGGCCGUCAUGCUGCUCCUGGUUCUGGUCACCCUGGCCCGGGCCUUUUACUGGGUGUGCAUGAGGGUCAGCCAGCCACUCCAGAACUUCACAUAGAGGCCCCUUCGCCGUCAUCUACCACUUCCCAACCCAACAGGAAGGAGGAAAGAUGGCUUCGAAACAGAAUAUAUAUAUUUAAUCCAACCCCAUUAAGAAGACGUUCUGCUCCUUCUGUCCCUUCUCUUCUAAUCAGACAUGUUUCCAAAACUGGAAUGGUGGAGCCUGUGACUCCUCUAUAUCUACUGGUAACUAUGAAGUGGCUUGCAGCCUAAUGUAAUGAUGUCCUAAUCCAAUCAUGUGGCCAGUGUGGGGUUAAUUUUAACAUUUUAACAUUUGUUUUCCUUAUUCCUGCGCUGUUGAUACCUUUCGGCUUCAGUCUGUGGCACUGCUCCACUCCAUGUUUUUUGUUUUGAGGCUAUUUCCCAUCAGUCCAGUCUCUGUAAAACCAUUCAGCCUUUAAGAUGUUCAUAUUGUAAAGCAACUGUCAGAUGAAGCUAUUAGUGCCAGUCUAAAGCUCUUUUUCUCAAUCAAAAGAUCAGGAAGCCGUUUGAAAUUGAUCUGAAAAACUAUGAUAAAAAGUAUGAUUAAGUGGAAUAUGAACAUAGACUAUGAAGGCUCUCCCUCCUUAUUUAAGGUUUAUGUCAAAUUAUUCCCCUGGGACUGACUUUGAUCCAAAUCAGCUUGAAAGCCUUAAGAGUAGGUGUGAUAGAACGAUUCAGCACCCAGACAUACAGCCACAUGAAUGCAUCAUACCAUUACACAACAGAGGAGAGAUGCUCCUUUUAGAGUUGCCUGGCUCCGUCGAAUGCAGCCCAGCCUCCCUCUUCAAAGACGGACCUUAAAGCAGAUUUUCGCCUCACUUUUGUCCUUAUCUGGGCAAUGGAAGAAGAAGAAACACGCAGUUGAAAGGUGUUUUGGUGUUUGAUAAGAGCGAAGCCGCUAGAUUUAUCUUUAUUACACUUCAUCUCUUUUUUUUUUCACCAAUCUCUGGUUAUAUGGAAAGUUUUCUAACUUUAUUAUGGUUGCAGUUUUAUACUCUUCGCCAUUUCUCUGCACUCUGUCUUUUUAGCACCACUGGGCUCGGCUGUAAGGUCCUGAAAGUGUCGAGAUUUUCACUCCUUUGACUUCACUGGUCGAUGUUUGGAGCAUUAAUGAUGAAAAUCGUGCUUUUUAGUUUUGAAGAUGGAGGCUGGGCUCUCAUUGUUUACGGCCAGAAUAAUUCAGUAAUAUAACGACAACUACACACUACAUACAUUCUCACGUGUCCUGUAUGUGGUUCUGAAUGUGUUUAUAUUUUCAUUGUUCUGGUUUAUGUACAGUAUCAUUUUUCUGUUUGAUUGUAAGUAUUUAUGUCGGAAGUGAAUAAAUGAAUUCUGUUACUCUCCUGAGUUUAACACUAA